AUGCCGGCAUCGCACGAAUGCCCGCGUGCGACAGUCGGCGAUGCUGUGGUGCUGCUGUGUCCGCUAUGCGCCAAGGCCGUGCGACUGGUGGGCGACGAGGACCCGAAUGUGACGUGGGCGCGGCAUGAACGGUCCGGAUGCGAUCCCAGCAACCUGCAAAGGGUGGCGAACACACGCAAGUGGCCAACAAGCCGGUGUGCCGCACAGGGCGGCAAGGAGGUACGUUUCUCCAUUAACAACGUAACGUCGCACCUCGUUCUUCCUCUUCCCUUUUCUCCUCUCCCCACCUCCUCACCUCCCCCUUCCAGAGUGGCCAACAAGUGCCGGUGUGCUGCACAGGGCUGCAAGGAGGUGCUUUCGCCCGCCAACACAGUCACAACUUCCUUUCUGAUUUUCUCACCUCCCCUCCACACCUCCCCCUUUCUGUCUCCCUGCAGAGUGGCCAACAAGUGUCGGUGCGCGGCACAGGGCUGCACGGAGGUGCUCUCCCCAGCCAACACCGUGACUCUUCUCUUUUCUCCACUCCGCGCCUCCUCACCUCCCCUCUACAGGGUGACCAUCAAGCGCCGGUGUGCCUCACCGGGCUGCAAGGAGGUGCUCUCCCCAGCCAACACCGUCACAUUUCACCCUUCCUCUUCUCUAUUUUCCACUCCUCUUCUCCUCACCUUCCCCUUUCUCCUAUCCCCCUCCAGAGUGGCCAACAAGCGCCGGUGUGCGGCGCAGGGCUGCAAGGAGGUGCUCUCGCCCGCCAACACCGUCACCUGCCGCGACUGCUCCCGCCAAACCUGCCUGCGCCACCGCUUCGGCGCCGACCACGCGUGCUCGGGCAGCCAAAAGAACUUGCAGCCCGCUUCGUUCUGGGCAGCUGGUGGGGCGUACAGUGAGAAGCUGAUGGCAGGCGUGCAGGGCGCCAUGGCAGGGCUGAUGGCACCGGCUGGUGGUGCAGCUGGUGCUGGCAGCAGCAGUGGCGUUGGUGGCAGUGGUGCAGGCAAAUCAGCUGCGUGCAGUUUGGCAGUAAUGCUGGGCCUGGUAGUUCAGUGGCAGGGGGAAGCAGAAGCGGUGCAGGUCGGGCGGGUGGUGGCCAAGGGCCUGAGCAAUGCCCAAGAUGCGGGAAACGUUUUCCCGACCCUGUGGCUUUGGUUCGGCAUGUUGAGAAAGAUCAUGAAGGUGCUGUGGGGACUGAUAAGUGCACAAUAA